AUGUCUGAGAAAAGAUUUCCUUCGCGGAAGCCUUUAGAAUGCAUGAACGGAAAGAGCUCCAUCAAAGGUCAACAAAGAAGAAUCUCUGUUUCUCCCGCCCAAUUAAUCCACUCUCUCGCCGAUGCCACUACUCAGAACCCGAAGAAGAAGACCAAGAAGAGGAAACACCAACCCGCAUCCACCGCCGCAUCUGCCUCCGCCUCCUCCUCCCCGGCUUCACACUCCGAGCCAAAGCUCUCCAAGGCGGCGCGUAGGUUUUACAACGAGAACAUUAAAGAGCCUCCUCAGCGUUUGAGCAAGGUUCUCGCUGCUGCUGGAGUUGCAUCGAGAAGAACCUCUGAAGAGCUUAUUUUUGAUGGAAAGGCUACUGUCAAUGGUGUUCUCUGCACCACUCAACAGACUCGAGUCGAUCCAGAGAGAGACAAUAUCUAUGUUAAUGGGAAUCGUAUUCCCAAGAAACUUCCUCCAAAGGUUUAUUUUGCUCUGAACAAGCCUAAAGGAUUCAUCUGUUCUUCUGGAGAGAAGGAGAUCAAGUCUGUUAUUAGUUUGUUUGACGAGUACAUGUCCAGUUGGACUACCACUUGGGGAUUUCCAGCAAUGCUUCCCCUUUCACAACUUCAUGACAAAGAUGGUGGAUUUCUUGUGAACGGAGAACUCAUGAUUGUCGCAGAGUUGGAUGUUUAUGAAGUUCUUGGCUCAUAUAUGCAUCAACGAAAUCUUGAGAGGCAUCCGAGCUUGUGA